UUCCCAUUAAUCUUUCAUAUAUGUGUGCGCUAGCUAGGGCACAUAAGUUUAUAAUAUUGGUUUAGCUAUGUCUUCCAAUCUGUGUUUAUUCUUGGAGUAUAUAUAAGCAGAUCUUAAUUACUCUUUGUUUCACUAAGCAAAAGAGAAUUAUAGGUCUCUUCCAUUUACCAAGUAGCAUUUCUUCAAUCUAUAUAUUUCUAAUUUUAAGUGCUUAUUAUUAUGCUUGUGAUAAUUUCCAUUACCUAAUUCUCCGCUUUUUAACUUCAACCUUAGGGGGUUUGCUUUUUAAUUAUGAGUAGCAGAGAAGUUAGAUCUUAUUGUACGUAUGCGUUAUAUUCACACUGAUACUUCGUCUUCUUUGGACCAUCAAACAGAAGCUUACAAAAAAGUAUAUCAAAAAGAGAAAUUUUGUUAUGAAGGACAAAAGAUGACUACCGGAGAAGUAGAUCCAAGGGAUAAUGUUACUAAGACUCCAAAGAAAUCUUCAACAUCAUGGACAAGAUUUAAAGAUCCAAGGAUCGUUCACGUGGCGCGAGCAUUUGGGGGUAAAGAUCGCCACAGCAAAGUUCUUACAGUGAAAGGGCUGCGGGACAGGCGAAUUAGGCUCUCCGUUCCCACAGCCCUUCAACUAUAUGUUCUUCAGGACAAAUUAGGGCUAGAUCAACCAAGCAAAGUUGUUGAUUGGUUGCUUAAUGAAGCUAAGCAUGAUAUCUACCAAUUACCUCCGCAUCAAAUGCCUCCAAUAGGGAGAGAAGGGUUGCCUCUGAACGAGUUGUUGAAGCUCAAACGUCCCUCUAAUGGUCUCACUGGUCUGAGGAAGGACAAGGACCCUCAGGUUUUAUUAGAAGGCGUUCAAAGAGCAACACAGAUGAUGAUAGAUUCUGAUGAAGAAGCAACAAAACGAGUUCUGCCAAAUCUUGACCUAAUUAAUCUUCUUAAGGGCAAUAGCAAUAGCAGCAUCUUCAAUUUUGGCCUUCAUCAGACUGAUUUCUUUUCGAGAUCAGCUCAUUCCGGAGGGCAUCAUGGAGUGGCAAUACCACAACACGAAGAAAUCCAAAACUUCAAUAUUAUGGCGACCUUGCCCUCAACAAUAUAUAUGCCAUUAAGUUCACAAACGCUUGUGUAUCCACCUGCAGGAUUACCGCAAUAUUUUUCCCAUCCACAAAAAUUUGCUAGCGCACCUGAAAUAUUUGAUCCAAAAGACAUCGGCAUUCAGACACUCAUGAGUUCCUGUUCAGAAAAUCCUUCGUCAAGUAAUAGAUAUCAAUUUUUUCUUUCUUCCACAAACAAUGAGGAAAAGAAGACCAAGGAUAUGAAGUUUUAAUUUACUCCAUUGUUUAGUGAUCUCAUUGGUGACUUUUAAUUUGAGAAGAAAAAAAAUGCAUAUGUAUGUUAUAAGCUAUAUUCGAUUCCUGUAUAUGAAAACCACAGACUAAAAUGUCGGUAAUUAAACUUCCAAGUUGUGGUCAUUUCUUUAAAUGUAUACAUUGUACAUAAGGUUGAUGAGUUAAUAUAUAAUGUUAUUGCGUGAUAAUGUUAUGUAUAUAUUGUGCCGGCUGAUAUCUUUUGGCAGUUGGCACCCUUUUCUUA